AUGGACGACCUCUUAGGUGGUGCUGACACUUUAGAAACAGCGAUACAACUACGUGACGGACUCAUUGAAGUUUUGGGAUCGGCGGGAUUAGAAUUACGAAAAUGGACGUCAAAUAAAAUUAAUUUAAUUUCUGACUUGUCGACAGAUGUUAAUGAUGGUAAAAAUAUCGCCACACACGAAGCUAUUAAUAAUUCGAUAAUAAAAAUACUCGGAUUAUAUUGGAGUUCCGAUUCGGACACGUUAAAAUUCAAAAUAUCGUGUUUGUUCGACCCUCUUGGAUUGAUCGGACCAGCUAUUGUUCGCGCUAAAUUAAUUUUGCAACGGCUAUGGCUGUUGAAAGUGCAAUGGGACGAACCACUUCCAAAUAGUAUUCAGGACGAAUGGAAAGAGUAUAGAACUUCGUUAAUGUCAUUAAAUGAAUUGGUUGUACCACGAAAAAUUAAGGGUGACUGUAACAUAAUUAAUAUUCAAAUUCAUGGUUUCGCCGAUGCAAGCAUUGAAGCUUAUGGGUGUUGCUUAUUUUUACGUAACACAAAUUCAGAUGGCGUACACACGUCCAAGCUGAUAUGCGCAAAAUCAAAGGUCGCACCACUCAAGGUCGUAUCGCUACCGCGAUUAGAGCUAUGCGCCGCGAUACUACUGGUGAGACUAGCAAGUAGAGUUAUUCCAAAAAUACAACUAGACGUCAGCAAAAAAUAUUUUUGGUCUGAUUCGAAUAUAGUGUUAGCGUGGAUAACUUCUCAGUCAACAAAAUGGCGGCGUACAUUCGUUACCCAUCGCGUGGGAGAGAUACAAGAAAAAACGUCGGUAGCUGAUUGGAAUCAUGUUGACACGAAAGACAAUCCAGCUGACAUUAUUUCUCGAGGUUGUUGUCCGUCCAAAAUAACCAAUACACCGUUGUAG